UGCAGCUGCCAAACCCUUCUUCGACCACGCACCUUUCUGAACACCGAUUUUCAGGAAAUAUUUGCAGCUUUUAAUGUCCAUGUGGUUUUGCUAUGCGCGUUCGGCGCAGUUUCCUGUAAACUUGAAAUGGAUUUGAAAUUCUCUCUCUGUAUACUGUUUGCAGGCAUAGGACUACUACGCUACGUUUAUUCUGAGAGACACCAUCUCCUGUUUGUUUACACCGUCCUCAGCAAACCUGAAGGAGUCUCUGGUCCUGUGUUCAGUGCAGUGUGUGUGUAUGACGACAGAUCGAUCUCUCACUACAGUAAUGAAGAACACAGCUGGAAAAGAGAUCGUUUGGAUGCAGAAAUCUGGAGAUAUACCAGAGAACCUCAUGAAUCUAGAGACUGGUUCAUAAAUCUGUUUAACUCUCUGGCAAACUGCACAAGCUCCAGAUGUGAAGGCCUCCAUACACUACAGAGGAGAGUCGGCUGUGAGGUGGAGAAACAUCCAGAUGGAGCAGUGAUGAAUGUGAACGCACUUGACGAGUACGGAUAUGAUGGAGAGGAUUUUAUUUUCUUUAAUUAUGACACAAUGCAGUGGAUUGAGAAAAGUCCAAAUGCAAAAGAAACCAAAAUGAAAUGGGAUGCUGACAGAAUAUUCAAUCAUUAUCUCCAGUUAUACCUCAAAGACUGCAUGGACUGGAUCUCCACAUAUAAUGUUUCGAAUAACACUCCUCCAGUUCUUCACAUGUUUGCAUCUGCAGCUCCUCAUGACCAAAGUGAGCUGAAUCUGACCUGUCUGGCCACUGGCUUCUACCCCAAACACAUAGAGAUGAAGAUCACGCUAAACAACAUCACAGUCCAACCCUUCAGCUCUUCUGGAGUCAGACCCAUUGAUAACCAAACCUUUCAGAUGAGAACCAGUGUGAAGAUGCACAGAGAUGAGAAACAGGGCUAUGAGUGUCACGUCCUUCACAGCGGUCAGACAUUUACAACAUUAUGGGCUGGAAGUCUGGGAUCUAGAAGUCAUCACUGGGCAGCACUAGCUGCAGGUGCCCUUGCGAUUGAAGUUCUAUACAUCAUGUCUUUAAUCUACAAAAACAGAAGGUUCAACGGCCAGAUGAAGCGCAGUAGUUCCACCACAGAAUGUGAGAACAUUACCUCGAGAUCAGCGGAUCCCCUGACUGCAAGUGAUUUAGAUGAAAACAAUGAACUGCUUCUUCACAAGCCAGAGCUGUUGGAUCUUCUGAGAAGUGCCACAAUCCAGACCCUGGUGUUUCUGAUUUGUCUGCCAGUGGUACAUCAUAAAGAUGGUCUCCAUGUGCCUUGUUCCACUGUCCACUGUAUUAUCCUCCGAGUCUCUGAGGAGCUGCUGGCCAUUCACCAAGAGACUCCCCUCCUGAAGACCCCAGAACACAUGGAGGCAGCGCUGGGCUCAAACUGA